AUGAGAAGUUACGAAUCGUAUUAUUUUGUUUAUUUAAUUUAUGGAGUUAGAAGAACAUCGGAAUUUUUCACACCUUUUGCAUUCAAAAUAGUUACUUACGACGAAAUCGGUAAUAAAAAUUACUUGACUGUCAGUACUCAUGGAGUUUUAUUUCAUUCACCUGGAGAAAUAACAUUUACUAGCUUAGAUGAUUGGGAAAAGGAAUAUGAUUAUUUUUGUAAACUUUCAGAGGUACGAAUGUUUAAAUUGUAUCGCAUAUGGAAAGCAUUUUACAUGUGGAAAAAAACCGUUAGCUGGAGAAAAUAUGUCGAUGCAAGAGUUAAACUAGCAUUAAAUUUAUUCAUUUUAAAUCCGAUAUUGAAGGAUGCAUUGCUGGAAGUUAAAUUAAUGUGUGUUAAAUUAGAGAACACAUCUUUUCCUGAUUUGAAAAAAACCGAAAAUUUAAAACUAUUUGAAUUUAUAGAAAUUCAGAUGGAGAGUUUGGAAAAUGUAAUGGAUAAACUUAUAGAAUUUCGUGAAAUCGUUAAAAAUUUAAUAAAUACUGCUUGUCACGGUGCUCUUUUGGUUGAGGGUUUUUCCAUAAAUGACAACAAAACAAAUUCAAGUCUUGGCGUUUUGUUAAAAACAACGGAUACAAAUUUAAAGAUGUCUUAUACUGAACAAGCGAAUAAAAGACGUGUAUGCGAACGCCUUGCCAAUUUUAUAAAUCUUAUAGAUUAUUUAAUGUGUGAACUUUAUCACGUAUGCGUCGCUAAUUCAAUUAUCGAUAUUUCUGGAGCUUUGGAUAAACAUUUAAAAUAUCUUCCAACAUCCUCCAUGUUGAUCGGAGAGGAAGCACUUGCUAAAUUAGAUAUUAUAGGACCGGACCAACCGAAAAAUUCUUUUUUUUUAGUCGACGUAUUUGCCGAAAUAGGAAAAAUCGUUACGGAUCCAUCGGAACAAAUUUUCGAAGAAACGUUUCAAAAUCUCCUGGAUUUAUACGAAGAAAAAGUUAUCGAUUUGAUACCAUUUGUUCAAGAGCCAUUUUUUUUAUCAAUCAUAGAGCCUAUAAUAAACGACAAACAUUCGGAUCGACUUAUUGGAGAAGGACCCUCACUCACGAUGGCAUUUCAAUUGGAUGAAGACAUGCAAAAUUUAAAAACUAAAAUAAUGAAUGAUAUUUCUUUAAAUUUCAAACGGGUCGAAUAUUUUCUCACACGUCUCGACGACAUUCAAGAAUUUUAUUCGGAAAAUUGUCUCAUGAAUACGGAUGUUAUUGUACACGAAAAAAGUCCAACCGUUAUGAGAAUGCUUUUAGAAAAAUUUCACGAUCAAAUAGAUACGCUUAAAAAUUUACACGGAAAACAAAUCAUCGGAAUGAUUGGUUUGCAAUUGGAAGAUUUUAAAAAUGAAGUCAUGCCAUCUCCGUUAAAAUUAUUAUCCAUGGUCGAAAAAGCGAUUCCUCUUUUAGGAUCGGCGAGAGUUGAUGCGUUAACAAAAGAAUGUACAUACGCGAUAGAUUUUUUAGAAGUUUAUCCGAGCACGACCAUUGAAUUCGUCAAACAUUUAGAAUUAAUCGAUGAAAUCAGUGCGAGGAUAGAAGAAAUCGAACUUGAAAUAGAUUACGCCAAAGAAAUAUAUGACAUAAUCGAAGAAUUUCGCGUGCCCGUUCCCGUUGCCGAAGUUGAAGCUUAUUAUAAUUUUUCAUCCAUACUCACAUCAUUGAGAAAUUUAACGGAAAAAAAAGUUGCCGAUAAAGCGAAUUUAAUUGAAAAAUUUAAUAAGCAACUUAGUAAGGAUAUAAGUGCGCUCAUACGUGAAGUUGGUGUCAUACAGGAUGAAUCAGUCCAAGAUUGGCUCAUUCAAAAAAAAUCAAAUCCAAACGAUUGUAAAUUUACGUUAAAUGUCAUCGUCGAUCAAUUAUCGGAUUGUCAAAAAAGAGCACAAGAAAUAAAAGGAUAUCAAAAAGAGUUUAAAAUGGAAGUGACGAAAUUUGAAAUGUUGGAAAACGUUAUCAAUGACGUUCGUCUUCGUCAACUUCUUUGGGAUAGUCUAGAUAGUUGGAAAAGGACGAGCGAUGAAUACAACAACGGUGAUUUUUCGACGCUCGUACCCGACGAUGUUAAUAUGUACGUAACGAAAAUAUUAAAGAACAUAAUACAGUUGGAUAAAGGACUACCGGCGAACGAUAUAACUCCGGAUUUCAAAGAAGAAGUUGAAAGAUUUCGGGAAAAAAUACCCGUCAUAACGCAUUUACGAAAUCCCAAUUUAAAACAAAGACAUUGGUUGAGAAUCGAAGGGAUUUUAAAUUAUAAAUUCAUACCUGGAGAGGUGUUAACGUUAAAAAAAUUCGAAGAAUUGGGAGCUUUCAUGUAUGCGAACGAAUUGCAAGAUGUUUCGGCUCAAGCAAGUUCGGAAGCAUCCCUGGAAUUACUAUUGAAAAAAGUCGAAGAUAAUUGGAAAGAAUUAGAAUUUAUUAUAUUUCCAUAUCGGGAUACGAAAGAUGUUUUCAUAUUGGGAAGUUUGGAUGAAGUGCAACAAGUUUUAGACGAUAGUUUUAUUAAUAUAAAUACCAUUCUUAGCUCCAGACAUGUCGGACCAAUUAAAUCAAGAGUCGACGAAUGGUACAAAUUAUUGGAUUUGAUUAGUAAAACAUUGGACGAAUGGUGGACUUGUCAAACUAAUUGGUUGUACUUGGAAUCCAUAUUUUCUGCUCCCGAUAUUCAAAGACAACUACCGAACGAAGCUAAAAUGUUUUUGAUCGUCGACAAAACGUGGAAAGAUAUAAUGAGAAGAACGAAUAAAAAUCCUCUUGCUCUUCAAAGUGCUACCUAUCCGGGAACUUACGAAUCGCUUGUCAAUAAUAAUAAACUUUUAGAUCAAAUUUUAAAAUGUUUAGAAGCUUAUUUGGAAUCUAAAAGAGUUAUUUUUCCAAGAUUUUACUUUUUAUCAAACGAAGAACUUCUUGAAAUUUUGGCACAGACUAGAAAUCCUCACGCUGUACAACCCCAUUUAAGAAAAUGUUUCGAUGCUAUAACAAGACUCGAAUUUGGAGUCGUGGGUGGUAAAAAUGAACAACAAUUGACGACGGAUAUUUCGGCAAUGCUGUCGCCGGAAGGGGAAAGAGUACCUUUGGGAAAAGGUUUGAAAGCGAGAGGAAACGUUGAAGAUUGGCUUGGUAAAGUUGAAGAAUCCAUGUUCGUGUCGUUAAGAAAAGCCAUGAAAUAUGCUUUAUUAGAUUAUUUAGUCAAAGAUCGUGUUGUAUGGGUUUUGGAACAUGCUUCUCAGAUUAUUUUAACGGUGUCACAAAUAAUGUGGUGUAAAAGUGUACACAAUAUACUGGAUGGUACUGGAAAGAAAUUAACGGCAAUGAUGGAAUUCGAGAAAAAAAACUUUUACGAACUCAAUCGUUUAGCAGGAAUCGUUCGUGGUACCUUAACUAAAUUAGGACGAUUGGUUUUAUGUUCAUUAAUUACCAUCGAUGUACACGCAAGAGAUAACGUCACGAAUUUAGUUAAAGAAAAAGUUAUUUCUAGUCAAAAUUUCGAAUGGUUAAAAUGUCUGCGUUAUUAUUGGGACGAAGAAAUCGAUAAUUGCGUUGCAAGAAUGUCUAAUGCUUAUUACGUUUACGGUUAUGAAUAUUUGGGGGCUUCCCCUCGUUUGGUAAUAACGCCACUAACCGAUAAAUGCUACUUGUGCUUGAUGGGAGCUUUGCAAUUAGAUCUUGGAGGAGCACCCGCGGGUCCCGCCGGUACUGGGAAAACGGAAACAACAAAAGAUUUAGCAAAAUCAUUAGCCAUACAAUGUGUUGUUUUCAACUGUUCCGAAGGUUUGGAUUUCAAGAUGAUGGGCCGAUUCUUUUCCGGUUUAGCACAAUCCGGAGCCUGGUGUUGUUUCGACGAAUUUAAUCGUAUUGAUAUUGAAGUUUUAUCGGUCAUAGCUCAACAAUUAAUAACGAUAAGAAACGCGAAAGCGGCAAAAUUAUCAAGGUUCAUGUUCGAAGGUAGAGAAAUCAAAUUGGUACGACAAUGUGCUGCUUUUAUAACAAUGAAUCCGGGAUACGCGGGAAGAACUGAAUUACCGGAUAAUUUGAAAGCGUUAUUUAGACCUAUGGCCAUGAUGGUUCCUGAUUACGCUUUAAUAGCAGAAGUCAUUCUAUAUUCAGAAGGUUUUGAAUCGUCAAAAGCUUUAGCACAUAAAAUGACACAAAUGUAUAAAUUAUGCAGCGAACAAUUGUCAUUGCAAGAUCAUUACGAUUUUGGAAUGAGAGCUGUAAAAAGUGUUUUAGUCAUGGCUGGUUCAUUAAAAAGAGAAAAUCCAGAUAUUGACGAAGAUGUUGUACUUAUAAGAGCAUUAAGAGAUAGUAAUUUACCUAAAUUUUUAUCCGACGAUGCUUUGCUAUUUCAAGGUAUUUUAAGCGAUCUUUUUCCCGGUGUCGUUUUACCCGAACAAGAUUACGGUGAAAUGGAUACGGUGAUUGUUGAGGUAGUGGAAGAAAGCGGAUUACAACCCGAACAAUGCAUGAGAAGAAAAGUCAUUCAAUUAUAUGAAACACUAUUGGUCAGACAUGGUGUCAUGUUAGUAGGUCCCACGGGAGGUGGUAAAACAACAGUUUUAAAUGCUCUUAAAAAUACUCUGGGGAGACUUUAUUCAAUGGGUAUCGAAAAUCCUAAUUACAGACCCGUACAAACCUACGUAAUGAAUCCGAAAUCAAUAACGAUUGGAGAAUUAUAUGGAGAAGUUAAUUUCAUGACGAUGGAAUGGAAAGAUGGAGUUCUCGGGAUGGCAGUUAGAACAGCCGUUCAAGCUCAAUCUGAAGAUCAUCAAUGGGUUAUCUGUGAUGGACCCGUGGAUGCUGUUUGGAUAGAAAACAUGAACACCGUUUUGGAUGAUAAUAAAAUGCUUUGUUUAGCUAAUUCGGAAAGGAUUAAAUUAACUCCUUACGUCCACAUGAUUUUCGAAGUUAUGGAUUUGGCUCAAGCAUCUCCUGCAACCGUCAGUAGGUGCGGUAUGGUUUACAUCGAUCCCGACGAAUUAAGAUGGAUGCCCUACGUUAAAACAUGGAUUAAACAAUUACCGGAAACAAUUAAUUUAACGGAAGAAUUUAAAACGUUUUUAUUAGAAUUGUUUAACGUUCACGUCGACGAUUGUUUAUAUUAUUUAAAAAAAAAUUGUACAUUUGGAAUUAAUCAGGUCGACAUAAGUAAAGUAACAGCACUUUGUAAAUUAAUACAAUCUAUUUUAAUGGAACCUAAUUCUAUUGAUAAAUCCAUGGAUCGUUCAAAAAUAAAAAGUUUUAUUUAUCAAACUUUUUCAUUUGGAUUAGUUUGGGGUCUCGGUGGUAACAUAAACGAACAACAUAGAAACAUGUACGAAUUGUUUUUAAGAACAAUGUUCGAAGAUAAAGAAGAUGCAAAUUUAUCGACUGCAGCUGAUUUAUGGGAUAUGUAUAUCGAUGUUCAAAAUAAAAGAAUGGAACAAUGGUUGAAAAUAAUUCCGAAUUUCGAAUAUAAUCCGGAAACGCCAUAUUUUGAAAUUCUCGUACCCACGCAAGACACCGUGAGAUUCGGGUACUUGAUGGAAAAACUUUUAAACGUAAAUCAACCCGUCAUGUUUACCGGAAAUACAGGCGUUGGUAAAUCUGUCAUAACCAAAGCCGUCAUCCAAUCAAUUGUGGCCAAAGGUCGUUGGUUGCCCAUAACGUUAAAUUUUUCCGCACAAACGAGUAGCGCAAGAACGCAAGAAAUGAUCGAAUCUAAAUUGGAAAGGAAAAAGAAAACAGUUUUCGGUGCUCCCAUGGGUAAAAAAUUUAUAGUUUUUGUUGAUGACGUCAACAUGCCAAAAUUAGACACAUACGGAUCUCAACCACCCAUUGAACUUUUAAGGCAAUAUCUUGAUUUUGGAGGACUUUACGAUAGGGAAAAACUUUUUUGGAAAGAAAUUCACGACGUUAUUCUCAGCAUAGCUUGCGCUCCUCCCGGAGGUGGUAGAAAUCCUUUAACUCCGAGAUUCGUCAGACAUUUUUCCAUGUUUUUAAUUCCAUCACCGUCGGAAAUGGCUUUGAAAAUGAUAUUCAGGGCGAUCGUGCAGGGUUUCUUAAACGAUUUCGUACCGCCAAUAAAAAAUUUAGCAAAUGGGAUCGUUAAUGCAGCUACGGAAAUCUACGAUAGAAUAUCCACAGAUCUACUACCGACUCCUGCCAAAUCCCAUUACGUAUUCAAUUUAAGGGAUCUUUCUAAAUGCAUACAAGGAACUUUACAAGCGGAUCCGGGGACUUUCCGAGAAAAUACACAAAUAAUGAGAUUAUUUUAUCACGAAUGUCUAAGAGUUUUCCACGAUAGAUUAAUUAAUAAAGAAGAUAAAAGUUAUUUUUAUUUUUUAAUGAGAGAUAUAUGUUCGAAAGUUUUUAGCACGCCAGUACUUUUUUUCGAAGAUGAACCGAUUCUAACAAAUCCACCCGUAUUGAUUUUUGGGGAUUUUAUGAAUCCCUCCGCACCGAAAGAAGAUAGAACAUACGAAGAAAUAACAAACAUAACGAAAUUAAAAUCAGUUUUGCAAGAUUAUUUAGACGAUUAUAAUUUAAUUACAUCGAAAGACAUGAAAUUAAUUUUUUUCAUGGAUGCCGUAGAACAUUGUUCGAGAUUAGCAAGAAUUUUAAGAGCUGAAAGAGGUAACGGUCUUUUAGUUGGAGUCGGAGGAAUGGGUAAACAAAGUCUUACAAAAUUGGCAUCUCACGUUAAUGGUUACAAGUGCUUCCAGAUAGAACUCACUGGAAAUUACGAUCACGCGUCCUUUAUGGAAGAUUUAAGAAAAGUUUGUUUUAAUGCUGGAGCCAAAGGUGAACACACCGCGUUUUUAUUCACGGAUUCUCAAAUAGUACAAGAGGAAUUUUUAGAAGACGUCAAUAACAUUUUGAAUUCUGGUGAAGUACCAAAUUUAUUCGAAGCGGAAGAAUAUGAAAAAGUUAUAAACGCUUGCAGGCAAAAUGCGAGAGAUUCUGGUGUAAACGAAGGAAAUCGAGAUCAAUUAUUUAAUUUUUUCGUUAGUCGUGUCAGAGGAAAUUUACACGUGGUUCUGUGCAUGAGUCCCGUAGGAGACGCAUUCAGACGAAGGUGUCGAAUGUUUCCGUCAUUGGUCAACUGUUGCACGAUCGAUUGGUUUUUGCCAUGGCCUACCGAAGCGCUUUUAUCCGUUGCUAAAGAAUCUUUUGCAAAUGUCGUGCCUGAUUCUACCAUGGUACAAAAUUUAUCUCUUACAUGCGUCACCAUGCACGAAAGCGUGGAAGUGAUGACGCAACGUCUUUUGGUCGAGAAGCGGAGGUAUUAUUACACAACACCGAGCAGUUAUUUGGAAUUGUUGAAAAAUUUUAAACUCACGCUGCAAAAAAAAAUUGAAGAAACGACCAAACUCCGCGAGAGGAUAGCAAACGGUUUGAAAAAACUUCGCGAUACGAACAUACUCGUUGACAAAAUGAAAAUCGAAUUGACUGCGUUUAAACCGAAAUUAAAAGAAAAAUCAAACGCGACUCAAGCUUUGAUGAAACAUUUAACCAAAGAACAAGCAGCUGCUGAUAAAGUUCGACAAGUGGUUUUGGUUGAUGAAUCUGUCGCGAAGAAAAAAGCGGCUGAAACGCAAGAAUUGGCAGACGAUGCGCAAAAGGAUUUAGCCGAAGCGAUGCCAGCCAUGGAAGCAGCAAUGAAAGCUUUGGAAGCUUUAAAUAAAAACGACAUAAAUGAAUUAAAAGUGUUUAACAAACCACCGGAACUUGUAAAAGUCGUCAUGGAGGCCGUUUGCCUCCUCCUGGGAGUCAAACAAGAUUGGGCAUCUGCUAAACUCAUACUCGGAGAUGUUAAUUUUUUAAAAAAAUUACAAGAGUACGAUAAAGACCACAUGAGUGAUAACAUGCUCAGAAUAUUGCGAAAUAAAUAUAUAAGUAAUCCGAGUUUCGUACCUGAAAAAGUAGCGACUCAAUCAAAAGUAUGUAAAUCAUUAUGCAUGUGGGUGAGAGCCAUUGACGUUUAUGCAAAAGUUUUCAAAGUCGUCGAGCCUAAAAGAAAAGCGCUCGCCGCAGCAGAAGCUGAACUCGAUGGUAUAAUGUCCGUGUUGAAAGAAAAACAAAACAAGUUGGCAGAAGUUGAAGCACAAAUAGCUAAUCUGGAAACUCAAUUCGAUGCAAGCGUUGCAGAAAAAGCACAAUUAGAAGAAACAAUGGCUUUGACAACAGCUAGACUAGGACGAUCGGGAAGGCUGACAUCGGCUUUGGCAGAUGAAAAAGUUCGAUGGGAACAACAAGUCACGACGUUCACAGAACAAUUGAAAAACAUGAUAGGAGAUGUUUUAGUGGGUGCAGCAUGCAUGUCCUAUCAAGGACCAUUUCCGUCUGAUUUUAGAGACGAACUAAUAAAUAUUUGGUUAGAUCGUUGUUUCGAAUUGAAAAUACCCGCAUCGAAAACUUUCAGUUUGAUUAACGUGUUCGCCGAUCCUUACGAAAUUCGCAUGUGGAACUCGUUCGGUUUACCCCGGGAUAACAUUUCAACUGAAAAUGCAAUUUUGGUAACGAAAUCUCAAAGAUGGCCGCUCAUGAUCGAUCCACAAGAACAAGCAAAUCGUUGGGUGAGAAAUAUGGAAGUGGAAAACGGAUUAAAAAUAUGUAAAAUCUCCGAUACUGGUUUCAUAAGGCUGCUGGAGAGUUGCAUUCGAGUCGGAAUGCCUGCUCUUCUGGAAGAAGUCGGAGAAACUUUGGAUCCGACUUUAACACCGAUUUUACUCAAGCAAACUUUUGUACAGGGUGGUAGAGUCAUGAUUCGUUUGGGAGAUAGCGACGUCGAAUACGACAGUCAAUUUAAAUUAUACAUAACGACAAAAAUGGCAAAUCCUCACUACCUUCCGGAAAUAUGCAUUUUGGUAACAUUGGUCAAUUUCACUGUGACUCCUUCCGGUUUAGAAGAUCAAUUACUAGCGGACGUCGUGAGAUUGGAGAGGCCGGAUUUGGAAAAAAUCAGAACGGAACUCAUAACGAGAAUCAAUAACGACAAACAUCAAUUGAAAAGCAUCGAAGAUAAAAUAUUAAAAAUGUUAUUUCAAUCAACGGGAAAUAUUUUAGACGAUGAAGAACUCAUCGAAACUUUAAACGAAAGUAAAGAAACGACGGAAGUUAUUGCGUCACGUUUACAGGAAACGGAAGCGACGGAAGAAAAAAUAUCAAUAGCCAGAGAUAAAUAUAGAAUCGUUGCGACGAGAGGAUCCAUUUUGUAUUUUGUUGUGGCACAAUUAGCCGAAAUCGAUCCGAUGUAUCAAUAUUCGUUAAAAUAUUUUAAUCAGGUUUUCAACAACGUUAUCGAAACGACGGAAAAAGUCAAAGAACUCGAAAAUCGUCUUAUUAUAUUAAUUGAUAAAAUAACAUUGGCCGUUUACGUGAACGUAUCGAGAGGAUUGUUCGAAAGGCACAAAUUAGUUUUUAGUUUUAUGUUAUGCAUAAGCAUAUUGCAAAAUAAAAAACUCGUACCUGAAAAUUAUUGGAAUUUCAUUUUGCGAGGAGUACCAUCUGGUGUUAAAGUCAAAACACAAAAGAAACCCGAUCAUCCAGCUUUAACGGAUAAUAUUUGGAACGCGGCAAAUUACCUAUCGCAAAAAUUUACAAUUUUUCAAAAUUUACAAAAUGACGUUUUGACAAAAAUAAGAAUCACAUUGGGAAAUUACGAUCACACAAUUAAUAUAAACGUACAAAAUAAAACGGAAAGUAAAAGAAAUUGGAAUAAUUUAUUGAGUAAUUUUGAAAAAUUAGUCUUAUUUAAAGCACUAAGAGAAGAAAAGCUCGUUUUUCUAAUAACGGAAUUCGUUAAGGAAAAUUUGGGAAAAGUUUUCAUUGAAAGCCCUCAAAUAGAUCUUCACACAUUGUACAAAGACACGUCAAAUAUCACGCCCCUCAUAUUCAUACUAAGCACGGGUUCGGAUCCCAUGGGAGCUUUUCUAAGAUUUGCUGCCGAUAGAAAUUACUCAAAUAGAAUUCAAUCGAUUUCAUUGGGUCAAGGUCAAGGACCCGUCGCUGAAAAAAUGUUAAAAGAAGCCGCAAUAUCUGGAGAUUGGGUAUUUCUCCAGAAUUGUCAUUUGGCAACUUCUUGGAUGUUACCGAUGGAAAGAAAAAUCAGGCAAAUCGGUGAAAGUACGGAAAAAGUACACGCGGAUUUUAGAAUUUUUCUAAGUUCGAUGCCCUCGAAAGAUUUCCCAGUUUCCGUUUUACAAAAUUCCGUUAAAGUAACAAACGAACCACCGAAAGGUUUAAGAGCAAACGUAAAAAGAGCUUUUUACGAAAUGUCAAAAGAUUUUUUCGACGAUCAUCCGCUUCAAAGCAGAUGGCGUAAAAUGGUUUUCGGUUUGUGUUUUUUUCACGCAAUCAUUCAAGAGAGGAAAAAAUUUGGUCCUUUGGGAUGGAACAUAACGUACGAAUUCAACGACAGCGAUAGAGAAUGCGCUUUGCUCAAUUUGAAAAUGUUUUGCACCGACGCGACGAUCCCUUGGGAUGCUUUGGUAUACACGACGGGUGAAAUAACAUACGGUGGUCGCGUCACCGACGGUUGGGAUCAAAGAUGUUUAAAAACGAUUCUCAAAGGAUAUUUUUCACCGGUCACUCUAAACAAAGGUUAUACGUAUACCGAAUCCGGAACUUAUUACUGUCCCGAAAGUAUGAGUACGACAAUAAAUAAUUUAGAAAAAUAUCGAAAUUUUAUCGAUAAUCUACCGAUAAUCGAAGAACCGGAAAUAUUUGGAAUGCACGAAAAUGCAAACAUUGCAUUUCAAAUAUCGGAAACUCAAGGCGUCAUUCUAACGAUAUUAGAUGUGCAACCGAGAGAAUCAGGAGGCGGGGGUGGGAAAACAAGCGACGAAAUUGUUUUCGAUUUGGCCGUUUCCAUUAACGAAAGAAUCAGAAAUAAAAUAGAUCCGGAUAAAGCGGCAAAUUCUCUCGUUCAUAGAGAUCCGAAAGGUCGUUUGCCCUCACUGACGACGGUUUUGUUUCAAGAAACGGAUAGAUUUAAUAAACUUUUAAAAGUUUUACAUUCGUCUCUAUCGAACCUUCAAAAAGCGAUAAAAGGUCUUUUGAUUAUGUCUGAUGAAUUGGAAGAUAUUUACAGAGCUUUCAUCAACAAUCAGGUACCCAAAAUAUGGGAAAAGGUUGCGUAUCCAUCCCUUAAAAGUUUAGGAAGUUGGGUUCAGGAUUUAGAAUUAAGAUUAGAUUUUAUAAUGGUUUGGAUAGAAAAAGGACCCCCUUUGUCCUAUUGGUUACCAGGAUUUUUUUUCCCACAGGGUUUUCUAACGGGUGUUUUACAAACUCACGCGAGAAAACACAACACACCGAUUGAUCAAUUAAAAUUUGAUUUCAUACCUCAAAAGGAUACAGUAGAUCAAAAUUCGGUUAAAAAAACACACGAUAAAUAUGGGAAAGACGUAAGUACUUAUGGUAAUUUGACUACGCCCGGUGAUGGAGUUUUAAUACACGGUUUAUUUUUGGAUGCUGCACGUUGGCAUUAUCAGACAAUGCGUUUAACGGAUCCGUAUCCGGGAGAAAUGAAUCCUCCACUUCCGGCUAUGGUGAUACAUCCGCAAACGACGCCACCUAUCACGGAAGGAAAAUACGUUUGCCCCCUUUAUAAAACUUCUAACAGAGCUGGAGUCUUAUCGACUACGGGUCACAGUACCAAUUUCGUAGUACCCGUACUUUUACCCACGGAUAGAGAUCAAAGCGUUUGGAUUAUAAAGGGAACCGCUUUGCUCACUCAAAUCACGGACUGA